GCAACAAAGCCAAAGGUAAGAAUUGAAUUGAGAUAAGCACAAUCUUUUUUGUGGGCAUUGCAUCGGGUUAAUAUCGGAGAACUAGCAGCCAUAAUUGAGUUUCUUUUUGGGGAGUAGAAGUAGAGUUUUACACAGUGUAGUUAGAGCCCGUAACUUUUCUUCUAGAACUUUGCUUUGUAUCGACGAACGAAACUUUUACGUCAUUCUAUGGGUCACGGCUACUUUACUUCUACAUUUGGUUUCUAACACCUUCUACCACACUUCUUCAUCUUGUACAAUACUUUUUACAGAACUAUCUCUUUUCGAUACAAACUGACAAAGAUUUCCUUGUUCAUUUUUCGACAACACAAGAGCGGGAACGAACACAGGGCGCCUCAACCUAUCGGGUAUAGAGGUACCAACGAGCAGUUGAAAUACCUCUCCAUCCGUCCACGGGUUGGCAGCUUUUUCGUAACGCCGGUGUACCAGCGGUUUUUGGACAUCCAAGCUUUCGCCUAACCGUGUAGUGUAGUCGGUACUCGCCGGUGAGAACGUCAGAGCGACGUGUGGGUCGCGGCAAAGCGUACUCAACAGCCAAGUAACUACAGCAGUCUAGGAGAAAAACGACACGGCCGAAGUCUACGACGAGAAUCCUUUCGUGGCGGCGCCCAGCGCUAGAGUGUACGUCUUCGGCCUGUGACGGCAGAAGUCACGAACUGUUGUAGUACAAGGAGACCACCGUUCUUUAAGUUGUGCUACCGAGAAACCGACUGUACAAAAUUGAACUCCGAAUACGUCCAGACCCUACAGCAGAACACCAAGCUGAUCCACAGAGACGAUAAGUGCAGCAGCGACCGCGGCACCGAGGGCAUUCCCAUUACUCACUCUAACUCUAUUUCCUGCGAUCCAGCAGAAGAAGAAGUUUCGUUUCCGCACGACAGCUUGAACUUGCACCACCAGGAGCAGAUAAGUCUCAAUUACGACAAGUAAAGAGCUGCGAGCAGUAGAGCGUCCGUCAAGAUGAUGGACCGUCAGAUGACCAAUCUGACCGUGUCCAAUGCCGCAAACCUUGCGACUUUUGGCAAGACGGUCGGUGCGACAAUCGACUACAGGACGCGACACCUGGGCAUAGCAGUACCGGAGAAAACGUGGCUGAAGCCAAAGUUCCAAGUAGGCUCCUGCAAGUCCGACAAAAUCGACCUGAACCAAUGCGAGAAAGUCUUUCACAGUGGCGACGUUCCAGAUUUUAUCAACUGCAAAAAUGUCUGGGUCUGGAACAUUCUAAACUUGUGAUGCUGUCUCUGGAUCCCGAAAAUAAAUAUUAUUUGUAUUGCAUGACCAGCAAGACCAAGAGGACUCCAGUUUGUGCUACGCGGAGAGGGCAUUUCUCAUGCUGUAGAGGUAUCACAAAGCGCUCUGAAAAUCAGUGAUGCUACGGCAUCCAUGCAUCACAGACAUCAUGGGUUAUGGAAAAUAUGUUUCUGUAGGUCAAUGCCACCCUCGAUUCUCACCCCCAGGGUGUUGGGGUCCCCUCCUCCAAUGUGUAUUGGUUGAGGACUGACUCCUUCAUUCUUAGUUCCAUCAGCCAUGGUAUCUGGAAAAUAUGCAUGACAAAACUAGAAAUCUUUGCGUGCCAAAAGCCGUCACCGGGAAGGCGCUUUUUUGCAAAAAAAGCAGCCGGAAAUUUUCCCCGUGACCGGGCUAACGCGGGCACUUUUUUGGAAUGGCAGCGCGCUGGUGAAAUCACAGGCAUUUUGCGGCUCCCCGAGCUGUUGCUUGCCAAAAGCCCUCAUCGGGACGGCGCUUUUCUGCAAAAAAAGCAGCCGGAAAUUUUCCCCGUGACCGGGCUAACGCGGUCACUUUUUUGGAAUGGCAGCGCGCUGGUGAAAUCAAAGGCGCCUUGCGCUUCCCCGAGCUGUUGCUUGCCAAAAGCCCUCAUCGGGAAGGCGUUUUUUUGCAAAAAAAGCAGCCGGAAAUUUUCCCCGUGACCGGGCUAACGCGGGCACUUUUUUGGAAUGGCAGCGCGCUGGUGAAAUCAAAGGCGCCUUGCGCUUCCCCGAGCUGUUGCUUGCCAAAAGCCCUCAUCGGGAAGGCGUUUUUUUGCAAAAAAAGCAGCCGACAAUUUUCCCCGUGACCGGGCUAACGCGGGCACUUUUUUGGAAUGGCAGCGCGCUGGUGAAAUUGCAGGCGCCUUGCGCUUCUCUGAGCUGUUGCUUGCCAAAAGCCUUCAUCGGGAAGGCGUUUUUUUGCAAAAAAAGCAGCCGGAAACUUUCCCCAUGACCGGGCUAACGCGGGCACUUUUUUGGAAUGGCAGCGCGCUGGUGAAAUCAAAGGCGCCUUGCGCUUCCCCGAGCUGUUGCUUGCCAAAAGCCUUCAUCGGGAAGGCGUUUUUUUGCAAAAAAAGCAGCCGGAAACUUUCCCCGUGACCGGGCUAACGCGGGCACUUUUUUGGAAUGGCAGCGCGCUGGUAAAAUCGCAGGCGCCUUGCGCUUCCCCGAGCUGUUGCUUGCCAAAAGCCUUCAUCGGGAAGGCGUUUUUUUGCAAAAAAAGCAGCCGGGAACUUUCCCCGUGACCGGGCUAACGCGGGCACUUUUUUGGAAUGGCAGCGCGCUGGUAAAAUCGCAGGCGCCUUGCGCUUCCCCGAGCUGUUGCUUGCCAAAAGCCUUCAUCGGGAAGGCGUUUUUUUGCAAAAAAAGCAGCCGGGAAUUUUCCCCGUGACCGGGCUAACGCGGGCACUUUUUUGGAAUGGCAGCGCGCUGGUGAAAUCAAAGGCGCCUUGCGCUCCCCGAGCUGUUGCGUGCCUCCAGACCCAGACACUUUUGCAUUUGAUAGAUUCCGUGACCAACUCCAAGAAAGCUGUCCAAGCAUCAAAACGGGGGAACAUAUUAGGUAAAGCACGUCUAUGUGCGUAUGAUGAGUUCGAGUUCCUCUUUGACUUUGAACGGCUUUGCAUGAUUUCUCUUUUUUGCUGCAGAGAUGAGUGGCGACUGCAACUUUUAUUCGAUUUCUGAUGUGUUUUAUUCAGUCAGUGUUGCGUGAAGCAAGCCCAAGCUCUUGUCAGUUCAACCACAUGAUUGUUGAUUCGAUACACGACAGGUGUACACAAGGACCAAUGGAAUUUCUCGAAUGCAGCACAGUAUCGACUCUCCAAAACGACCGGCAGUACCGCGUACUCUGGACAAGGAGAGCAUAGGAGAACAUUAGCAAAGGUAGAAGUUUGAUGUCGUUAUUUAGUCUUACUUUCCGUGUGCAGUGCCGCCCGGAAAUGACCGGAUGUUGUGCACACUUGCUUGGUGUAGUGAUGUAGUUGCGUUUUGUAGUUUACUUUGUCAACAACAACAUGAGUACCUUGUUGAGAAAGUAAGCAGAAGCGUGAAACAAAAAAAUCAAAAUCAAUUACAAAUAUCAAAUGUCGCAGAUACGAGCGGGACUCAUGGAUGCGAAGACAAUGAAGAACAGCAAACACAUGACGGAGGAGCAGAUCGCAGACAGAAUAAGGUAUCUAUCAGUGUCCACGAGUUUUUCGACAGAAAAUCUUGCUCUACGUACAUUGUUUUUCUCUACUACUGGGCCUACGAGCUCCGGGAAAUCACCAACGUAAUAAAGUGAGAUAAAAAUCGAGAUUCCUCAGCACGCAGUACUAAGCGAAGCGCUGGUCGUCUAAUUUCUCUACACCGUUGUAUUCAUCAUCAAUUUCAAGGUAUGUUGUCGCGAUCACCGGCAAGGGUCCCAUUGGUAAGUUUGUGGGGAAAUGGUGGAACGCCGUCGACGAGCGAGGGUUGCCCGCACACUGCAUCAACCCAGACUGGCCGGAUUUGGACGCGUCCACCGCGGUGCAUGCGCCCGAAGACGUGAAGCAAGCCCAGCGGGUGUUUCUGCAGAAAGAGAAGAGAAGGCUACGCAUGAACGUUGUCGACGAGAAGGUGAAUUUUGAAAAAUACGACUCUCUCCUGGAGCGGUACUAUUUGAAAAAUAAAGACAUCGAGGACAAAAAAGUGGAGUACCAAGAUUUGAAGGACCUCUUCAAGCACGAGGUAUAGAUACUGAACUUUUGAUUGAAAAAAAUCUUUUAUUCUUGUACCACCCCGCCAACCACAUUCGACGUGAUUUCUGAAAUUGAGCAGACAUGAAGGUUGGAUGCCUGCAGUGAAAACUUCCAGUCGUCCGAUUUAAAACGCAACAGCUCUCCGUCGAAUUUCCGGGCUGCUCGGAGGAACGACUACAAGCCAUGGCCCAGCGACUGCUCGACGAAAAACUCCAAUCUGACGUACUUUACUGGUCUGCUGCCCGCUGCUUCUGCAUGUUUUUCUUUUUGUUCCUGCUCUCAAGACUAUGAAAAUGUACAACUUUCAGGGCUUUCCGUUUCCACGGAUAAAGAUCAUCAUGAGUACAAUAUGCAAUGAGAAUGUGAAUGAAUCAUGCAAGACCAACUUCUGACAUCACAGUUGAAGCUGCAGCGAUUUCCGGUGCAGCACGAAUCCUUCCGGCCAAACUGCAGUCUGACAACGCAAGACAGGCGGUACAAGCAGUAUUUCCAUCCCGGGACGUGGACCUACAUCGAGAGCGAGGGGCGGUUUGCGUGGUCCUGCUGUUUAAACUACAAAGAGGAUUCCAAGGGGUGUGCGUUCAAAGCAGUGAACCCGGAUCGGUGGUGCGUCGAUGGCUUCGAGAAGGGCGGCCCGCUCAACGGAUAGGAAGUCGACUUUUGUAGUUUUUCGUACUAUCGUCCUCUUUCGUUUCAGUUUCAGAUGAAUUUGCUCGACUUCAACGGACAAGACUGACUACACUCAAUAUCACUCAAUUUUUACGCUUACACUUUUUUUUUACCUUCAUUUACCUUCAACUUGCUUACAUUACACCUUUCCAGAACAUCAGCAAGAGUCACUUCGAUCGUUUUUUAUCUCUGCUCGCGCAACGAGCUACGGGAUGAAGCAGACCGAUUAGAUCGAUGAAAAACUCGAAAACCAGAAAACCUUCUUACGGAAUAUCAACCAUUCAGCCAAAACCGAAACCUGAAGAAAGAUUUGAAUACGUUUACACUUAGGUAAUAUCAAUAUCCUUGUGAAUGAUACUAGAACCCGAGGCAAGAUCCUCAUCCCGCCACGACGCUUUAUUUUUUGGCGGUGGCGCAGAUCAGCGGGAGCCUAUUCCCCGCUGCUUCGUUGAGCUUAAAACCAGGACAAAUGCAAGUGCGUUAAUGCCGACGUUCUGACUCCCUGCUGGUGCUGCGAAGAACUUGGAAAGCCAACAACA